GAGAAGUGGACCAUGAGCAAAGAAACUAGGAAGUGCGAAACUCCUUGCCUGACAUCUAGAGAAACACGAGGCAUGCUAUUUCAUCCCGUUGAGUAAGUACAUCGCGUGGCUCAGAAGCCACUCGCUAACCACCCAGAGCUUGCAGAGAGAGUGAUGCCUCCACCACAGGUCAGGAUCCCUGGGAGCCACUGUGAAGGCUGCUCCCCUCAUAUACCAGAACGAGGCAAAGAGGUCUCAUUCUAAAGCUAUGUGGGAAACAACUGAACCGUUUCACUACCGAGGAUGACAAAGUCUGCAUCUUCGUGCAUUUCCACCCCAUCAUGGUGCCCCAUUAUAAUGACGCCAAGAGGGAAAGGGACGGUUCCAAAACGACACAAAGCCGGGACCCAGGCCUCCUCGGAACGUUCCUCCAGGCCACGUCCCACCCCUUCCUGCAAUUCAUCUGGCCUUCUAUGUGUGCCUCUGAUUCCCGUGACACCGUCGCACACAUACCCCAAAUACGGUCUACAUACACCCUAAGAUGUCCCAAGGAACUAGAUUCUCCCUGGUCCCCACUAUGCAGGUUGGGAAUGUGGGCACUAGGGGAGACCCACAAUGACUGAGGACACAGGAGUGGGAAAGGACAGAGAACAAACGUCUGACUUCAGCUCUGUCUCCUGAAAGGGAGGACCUGAGUGCCAAUUCCAGAGCAUGGUGCCUCUGGCACUUUUGGCUCAUUGUGUACAGUCCCGGGGAAGAGAGGUCAAGAGUCAAGUGAAGGGGCUGCAGAGAGGGGGUGACUUUAAGAAGGGCCCCAGGUAUUAGAAUCCUGAAAGCGUGACCUCAUAUUUUUCAUGAUAGGCCCCAACUGAACUUAGAACUCUGGUAACCAGGCACCCACUUUCAAAGGGCAACCUGCUCUCCAGCACACUUGAGUGGAGACCUUCGACAGAACACCAUGUUCAGUUGUUGUCUUCCUACUUCCAGGGGCGCUGGGCCCACGGGAGCCCAGAGCCAGAGACAUUACUGCAGUUGCAGACAGCGCUUCAGCCCUCUUUUCCGAAGCUUCUGGUCAUGGGGCCGGAGACACCAACAGCCAUCCCUCUUAGCCUGAACUGGAGAACACGAUGUCUAGUGGGGGUGUCCCCUGGUGGCAAUGUUCCGGGAGGCUGCUAAUGGCUCUUGGCCCUGUGUCUAUGGGGCACUGCAUUUUCAGAGCUGCACCCCAGAGACUGUGAAUGAGCUGGCUGGGGACUUCAACGACUCCAACUCGCUGGACAAGGGUCAGGUGUCCCAGGAUCAGUGCUGCUCUGAGGCAUCAUCCCUGUCCCCGGACGAGGCCUGCACGAUGCUGGCGCUCAGAGAAGGCGCAGUGCAGAGAUGGGGACACUCCCUGCUGCUAUCCUUCCCGGAUAGAAGCCUCUCAAACGUCACCACCAUGUGCUCCAUCUAUCAGAUGUUCACGUCAGCCCAGCAGGUCCUGGAUCAGCAGUUCCCUAGCACUCUGUGUCCCAUCUUGGGAACCUGGCCUGAGCAGACAUGGCAGGAUAUCGGGCAGUCCCUGCACACUGCCCAUGUGGAGGUCAAGGGGGCCUAUGUGCACGUCACGUGGCAUGACCGGGACCUGAACACCCAUGCCCCCGUUCCGCUGAGGCAGCGGGAACUUCUGCAGCUCACAGAGGCUGAGGCGGAGGCAGCUGAGCCGGCCAAAGAGCCUCCCAUGGAGCGAGAGGCAACCCUGGCUCUGCAUCAGCCAUCACCUUCAGGGUCCGAGCCAGCCUCCCCUCCACCGGCUGCUCCAGAACUGGAACAGGGGCUCCUACGUUACGGAUGGUCGCCGGGUCCUGAGGCACAGACGGCUGGGCCAUCGGCUUGCCUGGGAGUUUGCACGCCAGCUGUCUCAGGUGCCACUGAGCCCACUCCAGCCGCAGAGGCAUCCUGCCAACCCAAGAAGCGGCUCAAAGAGAAGGAGCCUGACCUCCUGGACUUCCCUCCCAAGCUGGUGGCAGAGCAGCUCACCUACAUGGAUGCGGUGAGCAGCUGGGCCCCCAGGGUAGGAGGGCAGGGCCGGCUUGUCUUCUGCUCUCCGCUGCCCUAUACCGGCUUUUCCCUGAUGUGGACUCCUAGGAUAUAGGGCCAGAUCUCAGCUGCAGCCCUAACCGACCGGGGAAACCCAUCAGGGUUUUUAGACCUGAGCUUUCACUGUCCAGCUGCGGACUGUGGACACAGACACUGAGAAGGACUGAGGCAGAGGUACCACGCAGAUGCAAUGAGUCAGAAGCGAGAGCCCGUACAUGGGAAGGCUCUGGUCCCCCGCGGGGAGGAGGGCAGCUCCCUGUGUGCAAUCCCGUCCAUGGGCCGCCCACCCAUCUGCCUGGGAGCCUGAGCACCAUCAACCUGGCUUAGGCAUCUGAUGCGUCCUGAAGGACAGCCUAGACACGGAAAGCCAUGCUUUCAGCCACCAGGUGACAAUGGGCACCUGAAAGGAGACAGGGACCGCAGGGAUGAGCAUUUGGAGGAGGAGAUGCCCCCUUGGGAGCACCACCUGGAGCGGCCCCCUGGACAUGGAAUGAUCAGGGUGCACACGCCUUCCUCCCUUCCCUUGCCUCUCUUGGCUCCUGGGGCAUCCCGCACUGGCUUCCCUCGGAGAAGAAGAGGGGCAUGAAAUCCAGGCUCUCUAAGCAGGCUCCGGCCACAUUCGCAGCCUCCUGAGCUCCAGCUCUGACCUGGGACCCCUCCCGAGGACAUGAGUCUUGCAUGGGCGAACAUGUGUGGGGCUCAACACACCUCCCCCUGUCCCCUAGGAG